CCUCUCUCUCUCUCUCCUCUCUCUCUCUCUCUCCCCUCUUCGUCCUCCUCCCGAGCCCUCACGGGUUAGAGAUCCAGAAACGAAAAUCUAACUGUGAGGGAUUUUCUUCAAUCUCUGUCUGUCAGGUGACUUCUAGGUUUUUCUCAUGGCGUCAAAGCGGAUCUUGAAGGAACUCAAGGAUUUGCARAGGGAUCCUCCCACGUCUUGCAGUGCUGGCCCUGUAGCUGAAGACAUGUUUCACUGGCAAGCAACCAUAAUGGGACCUCCAGAUAGUCCCUAUGCUGGUGGUGUCUUCCUUGUCACCAUUCACUUCCCUCCAGACUACCCAUUUAAGCCUCCCAAGGUAGCAUUCAGAACAAAGGUAUUCCACCCAAAUAUAAACAGCAAUGGAAGCAUUUGCCUUGACAUAUUGAAAGAGCAGUGGAGCCCUGCCCUAACCAUUUCUAAGGUGUUGCUUUCAAUCUGUUCUUUGUUGACGGAUCCUAAUCCCGAUGACCCGUUGGUGCCGGAGAUUGCUCACAUGUACAAGACAGACAGGAACAAGUAUGAAACAACUGCAAGGAGCUGGACCCAGAAGUAUGCCAUGGGGUAAAUGAUAUCUCUCUAACUUGUAAGUUGGGAGUCUAUUGUCAUUUUAUAUAUGUCUCUGGCAAUUUGUAUGCAAUUGUAAUUCUGUUUCAAUCCCUCUGAAAAAAGAUGCACCAAAUAUUUGGCGCAACAAUAGCUUUGCGAAAGAAGGUAAAAGCAUGUUUUUUCCCUUGUUGUUCUGCAUGGAUAAUGUAAGCUCUUUCUAGGAUGAUAUAUGAAUGUAAUCAUUCUGAAGUCCUUGAACA